AUGUCCAAAAUAGAUGCUGAGAAACAGCUCUCCAGGAAUUCCGCUGGAACUAAUGUCGAUUUCAAUGAAAGUUUCCACGACACCUCUUCUAAUCAGGGUUCCGUGGGCCGUUCCCUGGAAAAGAAGGAAGAUGAUAUCCAUCAUCACACCCAGAGAUUGUUGGAACAGAGACAUGUUAACCUUAUUGCCAUCGGUGGAUCCAUUGGUACUGGUUUGUUCAUCACCAUUGGUUCCUCUGGUUUAAUCGAGGCCGGUCCAUUGGGUCUUCUUUUGGCUUACUGUUUCUGGACUGUUGUGAUUUUGUGUUUGACUGUCUCAGUUGGUGAGAUGGUUUGCUACUUGCCCAUUGACUCCCCCUUCUUGGCCAUGGCCGGCCGUGUGGUUGACCCAGCUUACGAAUGUGCCGCCUCCGUCAAUUUUUGGUUGAUGCAGAGUUUGUACAUUCCGUUCGAAAUCACUGCCGUGAAUGGUAUGAUUCACUUUUGGAGAGAUGACUACGGUCCUGCCAUCACUCUUGUUAUCCAGAUCGUCAUUUACUGCGCCAUCAACGUUUUCGCCGUCAAGCUUUACGGUGAAGCUGAAUUCUGGUUGUCUUUGGCUAAAUUGAUUUUGUGUAUCGGACUUUUGUUCUUCACCAUCAUCACUAUGUGUGGUGCGAACCCACAAAACGAUGCCUUUGGUUUCAGACACUGGCACGCCGAGGGCGGCCCAAUCGCCGAAUACAUGAGAGAGGGAUCUCUUGGUCGUUUCCAGGGUUUCUUGCAAGGCUUGUUCUCUGCUAACUUCGUUGUCGUGUCGUCUGAGUACCUUAGUAUGACCGCUGGUGAGGCUAAGAACCCCAGAAAGAAUAUGGCUUCUGCUUUCAAGACUGUCUUGUACCGUUUGGUUAUUUUCUUCAUUGGUGGUGCCCUUUCUGUCACCAUCUUGCUUGCCUACAACGACCCAACCUACUUGGAGAUUGUUCAUGGUGACGAUGACAACAGUGGUAACGCUGCUUCUUCUCCAUACGUUGUGGCCAUGCAGAACUUGGAAAUUCAGGUUCUUCCUCACAUUGUCAAUGGUGUUGUCUUGUCUUCCGCCUUCUCCGCCGGUAACUCAUACACCUACUGUUCCUCCAGAGCCCUUUAUGCUCUUUCCAAGAAGGGUUACGUGCCAAAGUUCUUCAGAUACUGUACCAAGACCGGUGUUCCAAUUUACUGUGUUGCCGUCUCUGCUUGUUUCUCCCUUUUGUCUUUGAUGCAGUUGGGUGAGACUGGUGAGAAUGCCUUGAACUAUAUGGUGAACUUGUGUACUGGUGCUCAAUUGCUUAACUAUGCUUUCAUGAGUGUCACUUAUUUGCAUUUCUACAGAGCCGUUAAAGUACAGGGUAUUGACAGAAACAACUUCACCUACAGAUCAUGGUUCCAGCCAUACACCGCCAUCUUUGCUUGUAUCUUCUUGUGGAUCAUUGUUGGCAUUAAGGGUUACGAGGCUUUCGUUCCAGGCCACUGGACAGUCGACCACUUUUUGUUCAGUUAUCUUAUGGUCUUCAUUGCCUUAGGUGUUUACAUUGCUUACAAACUUAUUAAGAGACCAAAGUACAUCAGACCAGAAGAUGCUGACCUUCAAACUGGUCUUGAAGAGAUCGAGGAGCAUGAGUAUGAAUUCUAUGCUGCUUUGGAGGCCGACAACGAGAAGGCCGGUCUCAGAAAGAAGAUUUUGGACUGGAUCUUCUAA